AUGAAAAAUGCCGCUGUUUUUCCACCCUUUUACGAAAUUGCACGCGAGUACCGAGCAAGCGUGGAGGCUCCGGACGGUGAUAUGGUACCGGUGGGAGCUAGCGGGUUCUUCGACAAAGAUUCUUUUGGCGCUCGAUGGAUGGAUGCAUUUCCUUCGACCCGUACUGGGACAAUGCCUGGGUCACAGCACAGGCUGCUGAGCGGAGCUCCUGUUGGGGUUGAAAUCCUGCGGGAGCUCCAAGGGGAAGGGUGCUCCAGCUUGAUCGGCAUGUAUGGGAGGUGUGGCAGCCUGGUUGAGGCGAGGGAGGUGUUUGACAGGAUGCCUUGCCACAAUGUAGUGGCCUGGAACGCUUUCAUCUUGGGACACGCAGAGAAUGGCGAAGAAUCUCGUGCUCUGGAAGCUUUCUCAUGGAUGGAAAGCCAGGGUUGCGGACCGGAUUCCGGGACAUUCUUCGCAGCGAUCAAGGCUUGCUCUGCUCUAGCGAUCAGAGAAGAAGCGAGACUCAUCGGUGGGAAGAUGAUCAAGCUGGAAGCUCUGGAACAAGGCAUGAGAAUCCACCCUCGAGCUAAGAGAAGCGGCAAAGAUGAUCACGUAGCGAGCUCGCUGGUGGAAGUGUACGCAUACUGUGGAAGAAUGAUGGAAGCACGCAUGGUUUUCGACACAAGCUCCCGGCACAGUGUCAUCUCGUGGACUGUUCUAGUGCUCGGGUACGUUGCAAACGUGGAGAGUGACCUAGCUCUCGAGGUUUUUGGUAGCAUGGGAGCUGGUCGAUGUUUUGGCACAGCAGCGAAAGCUUUCGCAGAUUUGGCUGGGAGAGAAAAGUGGGAGAAGCUUUGGAUGGAACGGCUGUGA